AUGGGUUACGUUACCUUAUUUGCCGACAUGACUGCGUUGACAUUGCUACGACGAUCAGUUACGGCAGUCAGCUGCGAUGCCCACGCUCGCGUUACGAAUCGGCGGUUUCUGCCACAGAUUCAAAGCCGUCAAUUGCAGUUGCACGUAAGUGGGCGACAUGCUGCUGCACUUUCGGCCAGCAAAACAACAGCAACAUCAGCUGCUGCAGCGCCAAAUGGGCAUGCUAAUGUUGGCGGCUUUCUCAUCACACACCGCACCAUGUCCUCUGCUGCUCCGAAAUUGGUGGCCGUUGCCGAGUCGCGUCGUUUCAUGAUCGAUUGCUUCAAGGCGGUGAAGGUGCCCCAGACGCAUGCCGAAGCCCAGGCGGAUCUCCUGGUGGCCGCGGACCAUCGGGGACACUUCAGCCAUGGAAUGAACCGCCUUGAGAUGUACAUCAACGAUCUGGCCAUCAACUCCACGGACGGAGCGGCUGUGCCUAAGAUCCUGAAGGAAACCCCGGCCACCGCCUGGGUGGAUGGACUGAAUGGACUUGGCGCCGUGGUGGGCAACUAUUGCAUGGAUCUGGCUAUCAAGAAGGCCAAGACGGUGGGAGUGGGCUGGGUUUGUGCCAAGGGAUCGAACCACUAUGGCAUGGCUGGUUGGUAUGCCAUCAGGGCCAUGGAUCAGGGCUUGGUGGGCAUGUCCAUGACCAAUACCUCGCCGCUGAUGGCGCCUACACGCGCCAAGGAGGCUGCUCUGGGCACCAAUCCCUUGUCCCUGGGUGCUAACGCCACCAACGGCGAUAAGUUCCUGCUGGACAUGGCCACCACCGCUGUGGCCGUGGGGAAGAUCGAGAUCCAGCGCAGGAAGGGAGCUCCUCUGCCCGACGGAUGGGCCCAGGAUCCCAGUGGUGCAGUGACCAACGAUGCCGAACUGGGUUUCAGCACUGGGUGCCUGAUGCCCUUGGGAGGAUCUGAGCUGACCUCCGGCUACAAGGGUUAUGGCCUUGGUGCCAUGGUAGACAUUCUGUCGGGCGUCAUGGCUGGAGCUAACUACUCCACUCAGGUGAGGAAGUGGACACAUGCUGGCGCCGAUUCUGCAGCUGAUCUCGGCCAGGUAUUCAUCGCCGUGGAUCCCAACUGCUUUGCACCGAACUUCGAGGAACGCAUGACCGAUUUCAACUCCCGCCUGCGGGGCGCUACCCCGACCGAUCCCAGCAAGCCCGUUUUGCUGGCUGGAGACAAGGAGAAGAAUGGAAUGGCCGAUGUCGAUGCCGCCGGCGGCAUCCAGUAUCUGGAGAAUCAGUUAAAGACGUGCGCCAAUCUGGCAGAAAAACUGAAGAUCAAGCCCCUGAGCUUUGUUUAAGCUAGUGGUGGAAUUGGUGGACUUAUAUUAGGGAGCCGAGCAUACCCAUAGCCAUAUGUUGUAGACGCUUCUGCAUUUUGACGGACCAAAGCACUAUGUUACUUUACACUGAGAGAAAUAUUGAUAUUUUCAACAGUUCGAUUUGCACUGGUGCUGAUUUAAUGCUUGUUACAUAUCUUCUUGUUGCACUUAAAACAUAUUCGUAGUUCUCUAAAAGACUGUCGUUGCUCUUUUUUUAGUUAUAAAUACGCAGGCUUAAGAAAACGUUUAAAUCUGAAGGGCUAAAAAUCGAAUUAACUAAAAUCAUGAGUUUCGAUAUUCUUUUGUUGAAUUAGUAAUAUUUACUAGAGUAAAGACUUGCAGUUUGCACAUUUAAUAUACAUAAGUAAAAGGACCUCUUAAUUGUUGUUUAAAACAAAAACUGUUGUAAAAUAUACAUAUUGCUUCUGUCACUUUGAGAUACCCAUGCUGUGUUCAGCAAUUUUGGAACUAUUAAAACUACUCUGACCAACAAAAA